AGUUCAGAAUCCCUAUGAUUGAAGCUUUGGAUCUCGGCAAUGGCGGAUGUUCUACGGCGGCUGUUGGAUAGUGGAAAGUUAUCUGACGAGAAGUGCCACUCGAUUUUGCUUGGAUUGGGUAAUCUUGUCGACGAAUUGUAUUUACCCAAAAACGAAGAGGAAGUCGAAGGAUGGACUUCUGAGGAAGAGGAAGAACUUGACGAAGAAUACUAUCGCCAAGUUAACGAGUCUCUGGGUUUCGAUAUUGAUGGCAAUGUUUGUAUCCCAUCAUAUGGAAUCUCACCAGUCUUUCUAGGCGAUCGUAAACCCUGUAGCGAAAUCGCUCUUUGUGGCCGUUUGGGAGUUCAUUGCUUCAACAUUGAACAGGGGAGGAAGUUGCAGUAUAUGGGCAUACCCAAAUACAACAUCCAGUAUUCUCUUGCUAUGUCUUACUAUAUAACAGUGGAGGUGAAGGAUCUUGCAGAUAAUUCACCACACACUUUUCAGACCUUGGUCACAGUCUCUAGGUACAGAGACCAAUUAAGAGUCUAUACUGAAUUUUGCAGAAUCAAACCCGAGACACCUGGGGAAGGGUGUGUCUCUCUGCUUGAUGAUCGUGCAAUCGAUAAGUUUUACAAAGGGUCUAUGCCCGAUUUCUUGUCGAAAGCAGGAACUGGUGAUGAUAAGCUAAGAUUCUACGAGGUUCAGGAGCAGGACAUAUGUGAAUAUGAUUGGCUACGUCUAUAUACUGAAUUUGCACUUUUCUCCUUCUGGAGAUAUAAUGUGGAUGGAUUUGACUCUUGUUUGCCUGUGGAGAUCAAGAAGAUAGUUGUGGAAACUUGUGAAACUCAUAGAGAGCCGCGUCUGAAGCUUAAGUCGAGUAAUGCCAUAUUCCACAUUAACUUCAGCGCCAAGAGUUGCGACUACAAAUCGGUUGUAAGGAGAACCAUGGAUGGGAUAUCGGGACAUAUCAUUCUCGAAAUUAGUAGCUGCAGGGUCGAUCAACCAAGCUCUGCCUGAACCGCUUAAUUUAGUACUAGGAAAGAAGAGUCUUUAAGCCGCCUAAUUUUCUGAUUUUCGUCGAUUAAUGUUUCCGAACGGCUUUAGUUUUUUUAUCCGUUAAUGUGGCCACAACUUAUUUAUGCUCUGGAUGUACUUUGUUUCUCAUCUCAUCUAAUCUUAUGAAUGGUUUGUCUGUGUACA